UUCGCUCCUUUGGUACAGAAGAUAGACCAACCGAUAGGCCUAUACCACCUCGGGAUGAAGUCUUUGAGUAUAUUAUAUUCCGUGGCAGUGACAUUAAAGACCUAACUGUCUGUGAGCCACCAAAGCCUCAGUGUUCCUUGCCGCAGGAUCCUGCUAUUGUUCAGUCUUCACUAGGAUCUUCGACUACAUCUUCAUUCCAGUCUGUGGGGUCCUAUGGUCCUUUUGGCAGAAUGCCCGCAUACAGUCAGUUUAGUCCAAGCCCAUUGGUGGGGCAGCAGUUUGGCGCUGUUGGAGUUGCAGGAGGUUCUUUAACAUCUUUUGGAACAGACUCUUCAGCCAGUGCUAGCAUGUCCCAAAGCACUGCAGUUGGUUCUGCAUUUACAACAGAUUCAAGAUCACUAAAAACACAGAUGUCUCAAGGUCGUUCAAGUCCUCAGAUAGAUCAUUUGAGAAGGAGCCCCACCAUGGAACAAGCAGUACAAACAGCUUCAGCCCACUUGCCUACUCCAGCACCAGUUGGGAGGAGGAGUCCUGUACCAGCCAGACCUUUGGUGUCUGCUAGCCAAAAAUCGUUAGAGAAUCAAGAGCACAGACGAGCUGAAGCACACAAGGUUUCAAGAUCAGAAAAUGAACUCAGAAAUGAAAACAAACGACAAAUUGUUCCAGGUGGACCUUCAGCACGGAGAGGCCGUGGAGGUCACAGAGGGGGCCGAGGAAGAUUUGGUAUUAGGAGGGAUGGUCCAAUGAAGUUUGAGAAGGACUUUGACUUUGAAAGUGCAAAUGCACAAUUCAACAAGGAGGAAAUUGAUAGAGAAUUUCAUAAUAAACUUAAACUAAAAGAAGAUAAACUUGAGAAACCAGAGAAACCUGUAAAUGGAGAAGACAAAGGUGACUCAGGUGUUGAUACCCAAAAUAGUGAAGGGAAUGCAGAUGAGGAAGAUCCACUUGGACCCAACUGCUACUAUGACAAGACCAAAUCCUUCUUUGAUAACAUCUCCUGUGAUGACAAUAGAGAACGGCGACCCACCUGGGCUGAGGAAAGAAGAUUAAAUGCCGAGACCUUUGGAAUACCGCUGCGUCCCAAUCGUGGCCGUGGAGGGUACAGAGGCAGAGGGGGGAUUGGCUUCCGAGGUGGAAGAGGACGAGGAGGUGGAAGAGGUGGCUUCACUGCCCCCCGAGGAUUUCGUGGUGGAUUCAGAGGAGGUCGUGGAGGCAGGGAGUUUGCUGACUUUGAAUAUAGGAAAGACAACAAAGUUGCUGCAUAGUCUACAAGAAAGCUGAAACCGGGUGAACAUCUAGAUCUUCUUGAUCCGGAGAAUUAGUUUCAAUCUCUGCAAAGGAUGAAGUUAAUUUGCUGUAUACUUGUCACCAGCACUGGGAUUUAACUAUUUAAUUUCAAAGGGGUGUAAUGCAGUUACUUUUGAAAAAUGGCCAUCUUUGAAAACAGUGAGCAUUAAAUAUAUUUGAGACAGAAGGAUAAGUAAUUUCUUAUGUAUAGUUAAUUAUAAAGCAGUACUUCGAUGGAGUUUAAGUAUUUUUUCAUCACUGAAAGGAUUUUUCUUAUUACUAAACUGUAUUUGAUAAUUGCUUCAAGUUGUAAGGACAAUUGUAUGCAGAAGGCCGUCGAUACUGUGAGUGUUUUGAUCCACUGAAGGUUGUUUUUUGGAAAUCCUGUAAUAUCCCUUUUGAGAUAGUUGUACUUUUAUCAACUAGGGUGCUGGACAGUAGGAAACUUGCUUUGUCAGUCAAAUAUGUACACACAGUAAAUAUUGUUUCUUAGGCAAAGGAAACUUUUUAUAUAGUUGUAAAAUUCCAUUAUAUCCCAUUGCCAAAGAAACAUUACGAACUUUGUAUAGCUGUAUAAAAAGCAACUAAUUUUUUAAAGAAUAAACAUUUUUAAGUCGGCAAA